GACUUCCAGCCAACACGAUAAUAAGUAUUUUCGCGGCCACAUAUUUAUUAAAAGUGACUUUAGCCUAGUGGUUCUAAGAGAAAUUAUCAGUGCUGGAGGUGCUGGGUUCAAUUACCCUUGACAGCUUUUUGUUUUAUUUUGGCCCCAAAUAUAAAAUAGGACACGUGUCACUCCCAUAACGCACGACUUGAUGACGUGGCAUCACAGGAGGGAGGCGAACAUAUUUUUAUAUAUAUAGAUGUCUUUAUGAGUUGUUUUGACUGAAAUAUUCAUUUUGUCACUGUCGAUAUUCUAUUCGAACGUUACCAAUUGUUGUGUAUUGAAUAUGCAAUUGAAGAUGGAGAAAGAGGAUGUAUGCGUGACACGCACGUGUCGUUGUGGAUCUCUCUCCCUCUUUUUCCUCUGAAGCUUUCUUCUUCGUCCUCUGUUUCCUUGGUAAAAAAAAAUAAAAGAGAGGUUCGAACGAAAACAAAUCAACAAAAGCAAAUAAAAAUGACGAUUAGGAAUAUGUUGAUCUGGAGAAAUCUUCUUUUCUGGUUCCUCUCAAAUACGUUGAUUCCAGGAUCUGUUAGAGCACAAUCUAUCACACUGAACUCCAUCGAGAUAUUCACGAAGCAUGACUGGUUCAAACUCAAACACACGGUCUACUUCCAAUGCAAAGGAGAGAACAAGACUGUUCUUCCUGAUGUUACCAAAUCAGAUAUAUUGUACACUUUUCGCGGUCAAGAAUCAUGGCAGCCUAUGACAGAGAUCAGUGGCGAGAAAUGUAAGAGAUGCGGAAUCUAUGAACAAGGCAGUCUGAUAUCAGACAAAGAGUUUGAUGAAUGGGAGCUUUGUCCAUCUGAUUUCUCUGCUAGCCAAAUCUAUAUGCACUUUAAGGAAAAAGAGAUCAAUGCUACUUUUGUCUGCCACGGUUGUGCCAAGCUUGACUCCGUAUCUGCUGGAGCAACGACGGGUUCAAGUUCAAAAGAGGAAGGAGAUAAUGGGUCAAAAGUUGCGAUAGCGAUUGUGGCAGGGGUGUUGUGUGCAACUCUUGUUGUGGUUGGAGGGGUAUUCAUGUUUAGGCACUCAAAGAGGAUGAAACUGCAGCGAGAUCAAGCAAGGUUUAUGAAGCUGUUUGAGGAAAAUGAUGAACCUGAAGAUGAACUUGGACUUGAACCUGUGCUAUGACAUGGCCAUUGCACAAGGGACUUUUUUGGGUGUUUCAUGAAUUUUUGCAGCUUAUUUUGAUUUUUAGGGAAGAGGAGUGACAGUAACGAUCUCAGUUUUUGGUAUAACUUUCUAAUACUAUAAGGCUAUUGUACUCAUUGCAUUACACAAGUGCAUUGAGGGAACAUUAUAUAAACGUAGUGAAUC